AUGAACUUCACCCACAUCGCCAUAACAAAGGGAAUGAAGUCAUCUGAUGGAGAGCACGUCGUUCUUAGAACAUUUAAGAUUCUUCGGCCAUUUGGUGUCAUUUCAUCGAGAGUCGUUCUCGGUGAACGAUAUCUCCAAAACGACAAAGAACAAGUAAUUAUGAGCAGUGGUGCAAUCGUAAAUUUCGCAGCCUCAGCACACAAACUAAAAGAGGCACAGCAGGAGAAGCUGCACAAACCAACCAUUCCUGGUCCAAUCAGGAAGAUAUCAGCUCCAUUCAAGGCACUUGCAUCUGAACUGUCAACAGCACAUAAGAAGAAGAAUGAAGACUCGAUUCUGGAUACAAUGGCCGAAAAAUUGGAUGUGGCUGCUGAAGCAAUUCCCACCCCUAUCAGGAAGUUAUCAGCCCCGUUGAAAACCCUUGCAUCCCAAAUGUCAACAUCAGAUCAUAACAACAAUGGUGAAGAAAAUGGCCUCGUUGAUACCGUGGCCCAAAAGCUGGAUGAAGCAAAGGACACGGUGGUUGAAAAGGCGAAAGAAGCGAAGGAGUUUGUGACGAAGGAAGCAAAGAUUGUGAACGACAAACUGGAGCAAAUCACAGGAGACUGA